ACAAGGCUCAGGGGGAGGGACUGAGUGGUCACCUGGCAGGAACCGGAAGGCAGGGUUAUAAAGUCGAGGAAGCUGAGACCUGCGCUGAGUUUUCCUCUUCCCGUUCCUCUCGUCGCUGUCUUCAACCCCACCUCGAUCCUGUUGUCCACCGGUCUUGCAUUGCUUUCGCCAUGGCCCUCAGCGAUGCUGAUGUGCAAAAGCAGAUUAAGCAUAUGAUGGCUUUCAUUGAACAAGAAGCCAAUGAAAAAGCAGAAGAAAUAGAUGCAAAGGCAGAAGAAGAGUUCAACAUUGAGAAAGGUCGGCUUGUGCAAACCCAAAGACUGAAGAUUAUGGAAUACUAUGAGAAGAAAGAGAAGCAGAUUGAGCAGCAAAAGAAAAUUCAGAUGUCCAAUUUGUUGAAUCAAGCAAGGCUCAGAGUGCUCAAAGCAAGAGAUGACCUUAUCACAGACCUACUAAAUGAAGCAAAACAGAGACUCAGCAAGGUGGUAAAAGAUUCAACCAGGUACCAGGUGCUGCUGGAUGGACUGGUCCUCCAGGGUUUGUACCAGUUGCUGGAGCCCCGAAUGAUUGUUCGUUGCAGGAAACAGGAUUUACCUCUGGUAAAGGCUGCAGUGCAAAAGGCGAUCCCUAUGUACAAAAUUGCCACUAAAAAUGAUGUUGAUGUCCAAAUUGAUCAGGAGGCCUACCUGCCUGAGGACAUAGCUGGUGGUGUUGAGAUCUAUAAUGGGGAUCGUAAAAUAAAGGUUUCCAACACCCUGGAGAGCCGGCUGGACCUCAUAGCCCAGCAGAUGAUGCCAGAAGUACGGGGAGCCUUGUUUGGUGCAAAUGCCAAUAGGAAGUUUCUGGACUAGGCCUUUGGGAGACGGAGUCCAUCCACUACUCUACGGCUACGAUAUGGAAGCUUCUGAUAUUUAAAGAAACGAGAGUGUCUGUGUAGCUUCGUCUUUGCUGUCCUAGUGUUGCUCUGUAUUUAUCAGUGGAUACUCUUCUGUGGCUAAUGCCCUUGGCCUAGUUGUUAACAGUGGGAGAACAUUUCACUUGCUGUGAUCAGGCCCCACCUCUAGUUCCUCUCAGAGUAACAGCUCCCAGCUGUUCCCACAGCGUUAGGUGAGGGGGUCAGAUGGCGGCUGCAUGAACUUCGCCGAGUCUCCUCCUCUUUCUCCAGCCCCCAGUUAUCUAGUCUAGAGGGUGAUAUGUAUGGUGUUCUCUGCCUUGAAGUCUCUGCUCUUUAGGUUUAAAACUCACGUGGCACACGCAUUCCUCCCAGCAGUAGUAGCUUCACUGUUACCUGUUUUGGCCUAGACAUUUUCCUCAUCUGUAAAUGUGAUUUGAAACCUAAGCCAUGAAUAUGCUUUAUUUAUUAAAACAAAAGAUUUAUGUGGAUU